CCAUGUAAUUAGUUUCUUUUCUACUGCGUUUGAAAAUAAAUCCAUAACUGAGCAAGCCCUCUAGCGGCGAAGGUUCCAUUUUCCAGUCUAUGCUUUUCGGGGGAAACCCAAACGUCGAAGCGCGCGGGAUUAUUUUUGAAAUUUCGCCGUCAUUAAAAAAAUGGUUGUUUAUUCGUGAAUGUUUAAUUUAUUUGGCGCGAACUACUCGGGCGAUUAAAUAAAUAAACGGUAUCUAUACUGUGAUGGCCUCUUGCAUUUCCCGUUAUAUGUGCAAAGCUCUCAUCCUGUUGGCGUGCAUUCAAAUAGGCUCGACGUCGCUGAGGUGCUACACGUGCAAGUCGUCCUUCAAUGGGGACUGCGAUGAUGUAAGGGGGAGGACGCUUCCUGAUGAGGGAUGCGAAAAUUCGAAAUUGGUGAAGGCCUUUCCGCAGGCGGGAACGACAUAUGUGUGCGUCGUGCAUCGGAUGGCACAAAGUGAUGAUCCAAAUUUGAGCGUCGUACGAGGCUGUGCUCCAGAUCACUACUGUGACCUCUUCCCGAAUUCGAACGAAUGUGUGACAUGCACAACGUCCUACUGUAAUUCGUCUGCGAAAAUCAUGCCUUCCAUUAUAGUCAGUAUUAUUGGAUUUGUAUGUGCUAAACUUUGUUUAUAAAAAGAUUUUACUCAUAUACACGUUUAAGCUUAAGCCUAAUAAUUAAGUGCUUUUGUAAGUUGCCUUAAAAAAGAACAAAGAGAAAGCGAAUCGAUGUAAUAUAUUUCUACAACUUAGUCGGUUUUUGUAAUGUAUUUAUUCCUAAUUGUUAAACAUGUUUGUAACUACCUCCGAGAUAUAUACUACCAUAGUUUUAGUAGUAGUAAUUGUUGUCGACGUUGGCGGUUAAUCAUUCUGAAAUAAAAUGUUACACUUUGUGUCCGCAAAUUAAAUAUAAUUUAAAUUA